CUCAGAAGUGAAAAGCUUUUCCCCAGUGUUCAGGUCGAAUCUCUUCAGCUGCAGUUUGUGGCUCUGGUUUGGCUCUUUCUUUCCUGCUGCCCAGAGAAGUUUGGCUCCAUCAUUAUUUCUUCCUGUUGAGCAGCUGCAGGCUCUGGGUUGGUCUUAGAGAGAACAGGAUUUUGGGGUCGGUUUGGGUUUUUUUGGCCUUAAAAAUCUUAUCGUAGCACAGAUCAAAGGAGCUCAGAAGCUCUGUCCUCCCCUUCUUCUGGCAAGUGCAAGUGUGGACUUCUCUGGGCUCAUAAUCUGGUAUUAAGAACUUUCAAGAAGGUUUGACCUCUAGCCUCUUUGCCUCUGAACUCUUUGAGGCCCCUCUUGAGCAAGAACCACACUUUUUUUGCUGCAUCAGUGUUGAUAUCAAAAGGUGUUUGGUUAAUAUGUUAUCCAAACUUUGGUGACCACCACUCCCUGACGUUGGCUCCUGCUUCAUGUGUAGAACAUCAUGUGGUGAACUCCAGGCACCUUUCUGAGGAAAGGUGAGGAGAAGGGAGAAAGUUGAAGGUCUAGGUCUUGCAAUAUCAACAAAUUCAACACACCUCUUGUACUAUCAGCUCCCUGGAGAAGCUCAGUGGCUGUGGAAGCUGGGAGGCAGCACUCCUGACGUUCAUCUGACACAGGACAACCAAGCACACAGGGCCUCGUUCCAAACAGAAUUCCUGAUCCAGAAAAAUCCCUUGGCAAACAACUGCUAAUCCAAGGCCCUGCUAAUUGUUCAGAACCAUUUAUGGUAAGAUAAAUGCACGGAAAUGCUUCUUGCUUUAGAUCCCUUGGGAGCUAUCUUAUCGGUGCUUUUAUUACCAUUUAAUAACAUGGUCUUUAAACUCCAACAACCUCUCUCAGUAAAUGAUUUGUGGAGAUAAAUAUUGAAGACCAUCGAGUUAUAAAUGAGGUGCCACUGUUUGUUUGCUCUCACAUUCUGCCUGGAAGGAGCAGCUCAUUUUUUUUUUCUCCUGUCAACGGCCCCGUGGCAGUUAUGUGGAGACACCAGAUACAAGCUGGGCUUCUUCUUUUCCUUUCCUGCUGGAGUUUGGCAGAAGGUGGGAAGCUCUUGGUUGUGCCUCAGGAUGGAAGUCACUGGCUGAGCAUGCGUGUGGUUCUGGAGAGACUCUGGGAGAGGGGCCACAAAAUCGUUGCGGUGGUUCCUGAAGCUGCUUUGUUCUUGAAAAGCUCCCAACGUUUCACCAUCAAGACGUACUCUGUGUCUUACACACAGGAGUUUGUGGAGAGAUUCUAUAAUUCCCUUGGUGAAAAAAGUUUUGUGAACCCCCCCUUUCUAGAAAAAAUCCGUUUUGUCCUCAAUAACAUCUCAGAAGUGACCAGCAUGUUCUCUUCCAGUUGUCGGAGCCUCUUAUAUGACGAAGAACUAAUGAAGUACCUCCAGGACAGCAAAUUUGAUGCUGUCAUGGUGGAUCCUGUGUUGCCCUGUGGGCCAAUUCUUGCGGAACAUCUCUCCCUUCCAUCAGUGUACUUCAUGCGUGGCCUUCCAUGUACCUUAGACUACAAAGCCACCCAGUGUCCCAGUCCUUAUUCUUACGUGCCAAGGUCUUUCACCGAAAAUUCGGAUCACAUGACGUUCACGGAGCGUGUGAAGAACCUCCUGGUUGGGUUUUCAGAGCAACUGCUCUGCUAUGUGUUUUAUUUAAAACAUGAGAACUUAGCUUCUGAGUUUCUCCAGAGAGAAGUAACAGUCCUGGAACUGUUUAGCAAAGCAUCCAUUUGGCUGAUGAGGUAUGACUUCGUUUUCGAGUAUCCGCGCCCAAUCAUGCCAAACAUGGUCUAUAUUGGAGGCAUCAACUGUGAGCAGAAGCAGCCUUUAUCAAAGGAAUUUGAAGCUAUUGUGAAUGCCUCUGGAGAACAUGGCAUCGUUGUCUUCUCGCUGGGCUCCAUGGUCUCCGACAUUCCCAAGGAGAGAGCCAAAGAAAUCGCAAAAGCCUUGGGAACAGUCCCUCAAACGGUUUUAUGGCGCUACACGGGAGAGGUGCCCCCCAACCUGCCGAAGAACGUAAAGCUCGUCAAGUGGCUGCCACAGAAUGAUCUUCUAGCCCACCCCAAGACUCGUGCCUUUAUCACCCAUGGAGGCUCCCAUGGUGUCUACGAGGGCAUCUGCAACGCAGUCCCCAUGGUCCUGAUGCCACUCUUUGGAGACCAGAUGGACAACGCCAAGCGAGUGGAGUCCCGAGGAGCAGGACUGACCCUGAAUAUUCUGGAAAUGACCUCUGAGGACAUCUCCACAGCCCUGAAAGCAGUUAUUAAUGAUAAAAAGUACAAAGAGAACAUCCAGCGCCUCUCGGACCUUCACCUGGACAGGCCCAUCCACCCCCUGGACCUGGCCGUGCACUGGGUGGAGUUUGUCAUGAGACACAAAGGGGCCCCACACCUGAGGCCUGCUGCUCACGACCUGAACUGGAUCCAGUACCACUCCCUGGAUGUCAUGGCCUUCCUCCUGGCCGUGGUGCUCCUCUCCCUCUUCAUCUCCCUCAAGUGCUGCCUCUUCUGCUGCCGCAGGUGCUGCUGUAAGAAGGGAAGAACAAAAAAGGCAACCAAAGCAAAGUCCCACUAGCAGAUGAAACCAAUGCUAGGGAGAUAAAGCCUCUGCUCCAGAUCAAAAGGAGCAGAGAACAUCUUAAAUGUCACUAAAACAAAUUGCUGACAUUCAGUCAAGAGAUAAUACUGUUGUUUUUAAACGAGCACCACGGGAGGGGCUGCUUCACUGAUAUGAUUCUGGCUUCCCCCUACCCUUUAAUUAAGAAUUUGGUUGUUCAAAGUAAUUUGUGCAGGGAACAUUUCGGUCACUUGGGAAGGUAGAAGUGUGAAGCCCAAGGCUCCUGGCUUCCAUGUCUUGGUGCACAGAGGACUCACAGUGACAUUUCUUUCAACCUCUGUACACAAUGGAGAGAUGAAGGGUUCUCAUAAGAGUUUACUGCAAGGGCUUUAGGAGAACCUUAAGGAUUCUGUAGGAGAACUUUAAGGAUUCUGUAGGAGAACCUUAAAGCAUUAGCAGAGCACAAGCCCAGCCCAUCUUACCUGGGGUUUGUGUGUGUUUACAAUCUAAAAAAGGUUUGAGCAGGAAAGUGGUUAUAAAACCACUGGUGUUUUACCCAAAUUCCCCCUCGGGCAGAGUGGUGUCUCUGGAGCUGACCUGGGAGGUGAUCAGACCUUUGCAAGCAAUGCUUAUAAAACCCAACUGAUCUACUCUUCAUAAGUGAUGUUCAGGCGAAGACCCAACCCCAGCCCUAUCAAUAAAUCCCCCAAACUAACCA